AUGGCUUUCCUGUGGAUCCUCUCGUGCCUCGCCUUCGUCAGCGCCGCCUACGGUUGCGGCUCUCCCGCCAUCCCUCCUGUGAUCACGGGGUACUCCCGUAUCGUCAACGGUGAGGAGGCCGUGCCGCACUCCUGGCCCUGGCAGGUGUCGCUGCAGGACUACACGGGUUUCCACUUCUGUGGUGGUUCCCUGGUCAACGAGAACUGGGUGGUGACAGCAGCCCACUGCAGUGUCAGGACUUCUCAUCGCGUGGUUCUGGGCGAGCACGAUCACUCAUCUACAGCUGAGGACAUCCAGGUCAUGAAGAUCAGCAAGGUGUUCAAGCACCCCCGCUACAACGGCUUCACCAUCAACAAUGACAUCCUGCUCAUCAAGUUGGCCAGCCCAGCCAAGAUGAACAUGAAUGUGUCGCCCGUCUGCGUGGCCGAGUCUGGAGAUGACUUCCCCGGAGGCACCAAGUGCGUCACCACCGGCUGGGGACUGACCCAGCACAACGGUAACACGCCGGACCUCCUCCAGCAGGCCUCCCUGCCACUCCUGACCAAUGAGCAGUGCCGUAGAUUCUGGGGCAACAGGAUCAGCAACCUGAUGAUCUGCGCCGGAGCCUCCGGAGCUUCAUCCUGCAUGGGCGACUCCGGCGGCCCCCUGGUCUGCCAGAAAGCCGGCGCCUGGACCCUGGUCGGCAUUGUGUCCUGGGGCAGCGGAACGUGCACACCCACCAUGCCCGGUGUCUACGCCCGUGUCACCGAGCUGCGCGCCUGGAUGGACCAGACCAUUGCCGCCAACUAA